AUGCAUUCUGAAGCUGAAAGGAAGCAGAAGCCUACUGCAGAUGGAAAUAGUCACAAGAUCACUGCAUCCGGCCGGGGUCAUGAAUCAGAAGACAAACACAAGGAGAAGAAGAAGAAGAAAGCAGAGAAUGCUAAGGUAGUCAGCCCACUUACACUGUUUCGAUACUCCAGUUGGUUGGAUAAAUUACUAAUGAUACUAGGCACUCUUCUGGCAAUAGCCCAUGGAAGCAGUCUCCCUAUUGCAAUGAUAAUUUUUGGUGAUAUGACUGAUAGCUUUGUUGCUUCUGGAGACUCAAAUUUUACAGGAAACAUAUCUGCAAUUAAUUCCUCUUCAGAAUUUCUUAGCAAGCUGGAAGAAGAUAUGACAAGAUAUGCAUACUACUAUUCUGCAAUAGCAGCUGCUGUUCUUCUUGCUGCUUAUAUCCAAACUUCAUUUUGGACCCUAGCAGCAGGCCGCCAAAUAAAAAAAAUUAGAGAAAAUUUUUUUCAUGCAAUUAUGAGGCAGGAAAUUGGAUGGUUUGAUGUAAAUGAUGUGGGAGAACUUAACACUCGUCUUCUAGAUGAUGUCUCCAAGAUUAAUGAAGGAAUAGGUGACAAAAUCGCAUUGCUUAUUCAGUCACUAACAACAUUUGUAACAGGAUUUAUUGUUGGUCUCAUAAGAGGAUGGAAAUUAACCCUUGUAAUACUAGCAGUCAGUCCUGUCCUGGGACUUUCAGCAGCCCUCUGGGCAAAGGUUCUCUCUGCUUUCACUGACAAAGAACAAGCUGCAUAUGCAAGAGCAGGUGCUGUUGCAGAGGAAGUUCUGGCAGCAGUGCGUACUGUAAUAGCUUUUGGAGGACAGGAAAAAGAAAUUAAAAGAUACCAUAAAAAUUUAGAAGAUGCUAAACGGAUUGGAAUAAAAAAGGCUAUUACAGCUAAUAUUUCUAUGGGUGCUGCUUUCUUGCUGAUAUAUGCAUCGUAUGCACUGGCCUUCUGGUAUGGAACUACCUUGGUCUUAGCUGAUGAUUACACUAUUGGCAAUGUCCUUACAGUCUUUUUCUCUGUAUUGAUUGGAGCUUUCAGUAUUGGACAGACUGCUCCAAGCAUAGAGGCAUUUGCUGCAGCAAGAGGAGCUGCCUAUGCAAUCUUUAAUAUCAUAGACAAUGAACCUCAAAUUGACAGUUAUUCAGAGACAGGUUACAAACCAGAUUACAUUAAAGGGAACUUGGAAUUCCAAAAUGUUUACUUCAAUUAUCCAUCCAGACCAGAUAUUGAGGUACUGAAGGGCUUGAAUCUCAAGGUUAGUUGUGGCCAGACAGUGGCCCUGGUUGGUGGAAGUGGCUGUGGGAAAAGUACAACUGUUCAGCUCAUCCAGAGAUUCUACGAUCCCAAGGAAGGCACGGUAAGAUACCUCAAGGGAGGUGACUGCUCUAGCUAUUAGAAUUCCAGGGACACAAAUGAUUAGGCCGGUAUAUCCAAGUGGGUGUUUAUCCCGUGGUGUUUUAGAGGAAGGAGAAGAUGCUGCCUUUUCUUUACACUGCCUUUCUUUGGCGAAAGGACUGUGCCACUGAGUGUUUUGGAAAUGUGUGUGGUUGUCUUGUAGAAGUUUGAAACGGUGGUUGGAGAAAGAGGGGCACAGCUGAGCGGAGGCCAGAAGCAAAGAGUAGCAAUUGCCCGAGCUCUGGUUCGCAAUCCUAAAAUUCUUCUGCUUGAUGAGGCAACAUCAGCUUUGGAUACUGAGAGUGAAUCAGUUGUGCAGGCAGCACUGGACAAGGCAAGGGAAGGACGCACCACAAUUGUAGUAGCUCAUCGCCUGUCAACAGUCCGAAAUGCAGAUCUUAUAGCUGUGUUCGAAGGUGGAGUUGUCGCAGAACAAGGGAAUCAUUUUAAAUUGCUUGAGAGAAAGGGAAUCUAUUACAAACUCGUUAACAUGCAGGCAAUAGAAGCUGAAGUUCCAUCAUCAGAAAAAGAUGAGAAUGCACUGAGUGUCAAAAAAAGUGAAUCUGAGACCGAAUUUGAAGAAUCCUUAACAAAAGGAUUGAGAAGACGAUCAACUCGGAGAAGCAUGAAAAAGCCAGGACUGCAAAAUGAUGAUACUGAUGAGAAAACUAGUUCACCUGAUGAAGAAUUACCUCCAGCUUCAUUUCUAAAAAUUAUGAAAUUGAACAAAACUGAAUGGCCAUACUUUGUAGCUGGAACUUUAUGCGCUAUUAUCAAUGGAGCUUUACAACCUGCAUUUUCAAUCAUAUUUUCAGAAAUUAUAGGGAUUUUUUCAGAAACUGACAAGACCAUUUUGAGAGAAAAGAGCAACUUAUAUUCAGUGCUGUUUUUAGUACUUGGGAUCAUUUCCUUUUUUACUUUCUUUUUUCAGGGUUUCACAUUUGGCAAAGCUGGAGAAAUUCUUACAAUGAGGCUUCGAUUCAUGGCAUUUAAAGCAAUGCUUAGACAGGACAUGGGCUGGUUUGAUAAUUCUAAAAAUAGCACUGGAGCAUUAACUACAAGACUUGCUAAUGAUGCCUCACAAGUGAAAGGAGCGACUGGUGUCAGACUGGCAUUAAUUGCCCAAAACAUAGCUAACCUGGGGACUGGAAUUAUUAUAUCAUUAAUUUAUGGCUGGCAGCUGACCCUGCUACUUUUAGCUGUUGUGCCAAUCAUUGCAGUGGCAGGAAUGAUUGAAAUGAAGAUGUUGGCUGGGCAUGCUAAAAAAGAUAAAAAAGAGCUGGAAGCUGCAGGAAAGAUUGCCACAGAAGCCAUAGAAAAUAUUAGAACGGUUGUUAGUUUGACCCGAGAAAGAAAAUUUGAGUUGAUGUACGGAGAACAUUUGCUUGUACCAUACAGAAAUUCUGUGAAGAAGGCACAUAUAUUUGGAUUUUGUUUUGCCCUUUCACAAGCAAUUAUGUUCUUUACCUAUGCUGGCUGUUUCCGGUUUGGUGCCUAUUUAGUGGUAAAUGGACACAUGGAGUAUAAAAGCGUGUUUUUAGUGUUUUCAGCUGUUGUAUUUGGUGCAAUGGUAUUGGGACAAAGCAGCUCUUUUGCUCCAGACUAUGCCAAAGCCAAGAUAUCAGCAGCCCAUUUGUUUCUGUUGUUUGAAAGAGUACCCUCAAUAGAUAGUUACAGCGAGGAAGGAGAGAAGCCUGAAACAUUUGGGGGAAACAUUACGAUCAAAAAUGUGGCAUUUAACUACCCAAACCGACCAGAGGACAAAAUCCUCCAAGGUUUCAAUCUAAAAGUAGAAAAGGGACAAACUCUGGCUCUUGUUGGUAGCAGUGGCUGUGGAAAGAGCACUGUUGUUCAGCUGCUUGAGAGAUUUUAUGAUCCACUUGAUGGAGAAAUGCUUUUUGAUGGCAAAAAUGCAAAGACACUAAAUAUCCAGUGGCUGAGAGCUCAGAUUGGUAUCGUCUCACAAGAACCAAUGCUGUUUGACUGCACUAUUGCUGAAAACAUCGCGUAUGGAGAUAACAGUCGGCAGGUGUCACAUGAGGAAAUUGUUAAUGCAGCAAAAGAAGCCAAUAUUCAUUCCUUCAUUGACUCUCUGCCAGACAAAUACAAUACCCGCGUAGGAGACAAGGGAACUCAGCUUUCUGGUGGUCAGAAACAACGUAUUGCUAUUGCCCGAGCUCUUGUACGUCAGCCCCAAAUUCUGCUGCUGGAUGAAGCUACAUCUGCCUUAGAUACGGAAAGUGAAAAGAUUGUUCAGGAAGCGCUGGAUAAAGCCAGAGAAGGUCGCACCUGCAUCGUGAUAGCUCACCGCCUCUCCACCAUCCAAAAUGCUGACAAGAUUGCCGUGGUCCAGAACGGCAAGGUUGUAGAACAAGGAACCCAUCAGCAGCUCCUGGCUGAAAAAGGCAUCUACUAUUCUCUGGUCAAUGUUCAAAGUGGGUCAUGCAACAUGUAA